GGUAGCUGGCACACCAUCAUACGUUGUAAUCCUAUUCGCGAUAAUAGGUAGUACUGAAUUAGCUUGGCCGAGCUGGCUUGCUUUGAUUAUAUGUGCAUACUAGGUUACAUUUCAUUGGUUGCUUUUCUUGUUGGGUUGUAUUCGAAUCAACCUCGCAUGAGAUGGAAACCAACAGCAUAUACAGCUUUUCUGGGUAGACGCUCUUUGUAUCAACCAGGAAGACUCUACUGAACGUAGCCACCAAGUAACGCUCAUGGGGACCAUCUACCGAAACACGAGUUCAGUAUUAUCGUGGCUUGAAGAUCCAGAGAUAAGUUGGUGGUGGACCGCCUUGUGAUGGGGGAUCUCUUGGUUUCCCUAAUAACACAUCUGCCGCCGCAACCCGGGUCUGCCGAAUAUAUCUGUCUAUCUGACAGAGUAAUCAUAGCAGGGCUCGGGACCUUUGCCACUGACCCGAGCAUGCCUGAGUAUAUACAUGUCUCUUUUCCAAACUUAUGGUGGUAGAUUAGGGAUUGGACCGGAUGGUCUAAAACCUGGAGAUGCAGUUUGCCUCAUCGAUGGAGCUCCAUCUCCAAUUCUCCUGAGGAAGGAUGAUUUAUCAGAGAAGGAAGAUUCACCUUUGGUACACAUGGGAGCACGCUUUAUUGUAGGGUUAUCAGAUGAAAAGCCUGCUGAGAUGAUCAAAAGAGGCGAGCUGGAAAUUGAGACAUUCAAAAUACACUAGGUCUAUUGAAAGGGUAGGUUCUUUGAAUAUGUAGUAACUAGUAUGUAGAGUUGAUA